GUAAAAACCUUUAGCUUUUGACAGCUCCCAAAACACUCUCCACGUGUUUCCUUAUAUUUUCGCCCCAAGAAUGGUGUUUUACUUCGAAAGUGACGUUGUGCAACCACCGGUUACACUGUUCAUGGGAAUUGACAAACAUGAGAAUGAGGAUUUGAUCAAAUGGGGAUGGCCUGAGGACGUCUGGUUUCACGUGGACAAGUUCUCAUCGGCUCAUGUUUAUUUACGACUUCGUCCAGGUCAGACAAUCGAUGACAUUCCAGGAUCAGUCCUGGAGGAUGCUGCCCAGCUGGUAAAAGCCAACAGUAUCGAAGGGAAUAAAGUGAACGACGUCGACGUCGUCUAUACCAUGUGGGCGAACUUGAAGAAGACCCAGGGAAUGGAAGUGGGACAGGUUGGCUUUCACAAGGAGAAAGAUGUUCGGAAAAUUCACGUAUUCAAACGACUAAACACAACAGUCAAUCGUUUGAACAAGACCAAACGAUCUGCCGAGCCCAAUUUCAGAUUCGAGAGAGAGGACAGGGACCGAAGGGAAAGGGAGGACAAGAAAAAAUUGCUGAGAAUUCAGAAGGAGCAGGAGAAGACGGAGAUGAAGAAACGAGAGGAGGAGGCAGAAAUCAAGAAUUAUUCUUCUCUAUUCCAAGAGAGUAAAAUGACAACGAACACAGAGGCAUCAGGCUACGAUUCAGACGACUUCAUGUGAUGUCCUGUGGUGAAUAAAUCCCCAAGAAAUAUA